AGCGAAGAAGGAGUGUGUGCGUCCCUGCCCAGAUCAAGUGUCUCCUAGUCAGGGAAACCAACUGACUCUCCUCUCCUGGGCAGAGAAGAAAAAUCCAGUCUCCUCUUCCGGAGGAGAAUCGUUCUCUCCCCCACCCUGUCUGCCCACCCUCUACUCUGCCGCGUGAUUUAUUCCACUCCAGCACCCUGCGGCUGACUUUUCAGGAAGUACGGCGAUGGUGGAGGUCUGCUAGCCAACAUCACCAUGUUCAGCAAGAAGAAGAAGCGCAUUGAGAUCUCCGCCCCCUCCAACUUCGAGCACCGGGUCCACACGGGGUAUGACCAGCAGGAGCAGAAGUUCAUAGGGCUGCCGAGGCAAUGGCAGGGCAUCAUUGAGGAGUCGGCCAAGCGGCCGAAGCCGUUGGUGGAUCCAGUGUGCAUUACGGCCGUCCAGUCUGGCUCUCAGAAGACCAUCGUGCGGGGGAACAAGGCGGCCAAGGACGGCUCCCUGGCCUGGCUGCUGGAUGAGUUUGAGAACAUGUCCGUGUCGCGCUCCAACUCCCUGCGCAGGGACAGCCCCCCCUUCCCGCCUCGGCACGACCAGCUCUACCAGGAGAACGGCCUGAGUGAGGCCCUGGCCAGGCCCUCCCGCCACCAUCACCACCACUAUCACGCUGCCGUCGCCGAGGAAGACUCCGGGGGCAGCAGGGGCAAGGAGCUGAAGGAGCGGAACCGCCACGGCUCCCGGAACGAGCUGGACCAGAGCAGGGAGAGGAGCCGGGAAGACAGGACAGCCGCGCAGCACCCCCGGGGGCAGGAGCCCACGGGCAAACCUCACCACCGGCCGCCCCCUCCAGACUACCACAAGCCCUUCUCGGACCACAGGCACAGGGCGCAUGAGCGAGACGGGAGGAGGGAGACGGCCGCCGAGAAGGAGCCGCCGGAGCGCGUGGUCAGAAGGGAGCGUGCGGACGGCCCCGACAAAAGACCCAAAUCCACCUACACCGGGGAGGCCAGCCCGCAGUCCCCCCGGGAAAAGCGGCCCCUUUCGGGACCCAAUAUCCGGACCCCAAAUAUCCCCAUCUCCGAGGGGGUCAUGAAAACGGCACAGCAGACCGGGCGGCCUUUUAACACGUACCCGCGAGCGGACACAGAUCCCGUCCGGGGUGCUCAGGCAGAGCACAGGCCCGGGAAACCCCAGGAAACAGCCUCCAACGGCCCCAUAAGUGGAAACAGCAGCUCCUCCAGGCCCCCACCAUCGGGCCCGACGAGAUCCCGGAACCCAGAGCCGCCCCACCCAGGACUCUCCCAGCACGCCUCCGACCCCCACUUGACGCACGUCCCGCCGCCCGCCCACCAGCCGCCAUACUCUCAGCAGCCCCCUCCCCAGCACCCGCCACCGCAGCCCCCGGGCCCCCCUCCCCCGGCCCCGCAGCAGCCCCGCUCCCCGCAGCGCGAGCCCCAGCGGGUCUCCCACGAACAGUUCCGGGCCGCCUUGCAGAUGGUGGUGGACCCGGGCGACCCCAGGGCCUACCUGGACAACUUCAUCAAGAUCGGCGAGGGGUCCACCGGCAUCGUCUGCAUCGCUACCAUCAAGAGCUCCGGGAAGCUGGUGGCCGUCAAGAAGAUGGACCUGCGCAAACAGCAGCGGCGGGAGCUGCUCUUCAACGAGGUCGUGAUCAUGAGAGACUAUCAGCACGAGAAUGUGGUGGAGAUGUACAACAGCUACCUGGUGGGCGAUGAGCUAUGGGUCGUCAUGGAGUUCCUGGAAGGAGGCGCUUUGACGGACAUUGUCACACACACGAGGAUGAACGAGGAGCAGAUUGCGGCCGUCUGUCUGUCUGUCCUCAAGGCGCUCUCCGUCCUCCAUGCCCAGGGUGUCAUCCACCGAGAUAUCAAGAGUGACUCCAUUCUGCUCACGCACGACGGCCGGGUCAAACUCUCCGACUUUGGGUUCUGUGCGCAAGUGAACAAGGAGGUGCCACGGCGCAAGUCCCUGGUUGGGACCCCUUACUGGAUGGCACCAGAGCUCAUCUCCCGGUUGCCCUAUGGGCCGGAGGUGGACAUCUGGUCCCUAGGCGUGAUGGUGAUAGAAAUGGUGGAUGGUGAGCCCCCAUAUUUCAACGAGCCGCCUUUGAAGGCCAUGAAGAUGAUCCGGGACAACCUGCCCCCCAAACUCAAAAACGUGCACAAGGUCUCUCCCUCCCUGAAGGGCUUCCUUGACCGCCUGCUGGUCAGGGACCCAGCCCAGCGAGCCACCGCCAAUGAACUCUUGAAGCACCCCUUCCUGGGGAAAGCUGGCCCCCCUUCCUGCAUCGUGCCCCUGAUGAGGCAGAAUCGGAUGAGAUGAAAGAGGAGGAAGAAACUGGACCAUCUUACCAGAGAGAGAGAGAGAGA